AUGAAGAGCCCUCUGGUGCAUCUGAUAGCAUUGCUAUCAUCGUCAAACCUCAUUCUCCAAUCAGCAGCAUCCUCGCUCACAAUCCAGAUCCCUUCGAACAACAUCCUCCCGAAUCCCCAUGUCCUCCCACCAAACACGCACGCAACCUUGACAACAUUACCUUCGUCGUUGUCCCCAGACCAGAAACAUGUAAUCUCGACACCAUUGACUGAUACCGCCGAGUUCCACUUCUCGGAUCUGCCAUCGACAGGCGCCGAAUCAUACCUCCUCGACAUCAGAUCGAAAGAAUAUAUUUUCGCGCCGUGCAGAGUCGACAUUGCCGCCGAUGGCACGGUGUUGGGGAUCUGGGAGACGUUCCGCGGUAAUCAAUGGGACAAUCGUGGACUGGAGCGAUACACGAAGUUGAAGAGUCGGGAGGGACUGCGGGAUGUUGAUGUAGUCGUGCAAGCCAAGGUUUUGGCGAAACGAGGGUUCUAUGAGGAGAGGCCGAAAUUCUCCCCUCUGACUUUGUUGAAGAACCCUAUGAUCUUGAUGUCCGUCUUCGCUCUCGUGGCCACUCUCGGAAUUCCCAAAUUGCUAGAAAACAUGGACCCCGAAAUGCGUGAAGAAUUCGAAAAACAAUCCCGCGCAGGCCCUCUCUCAUCCGCUACCCGCGUUGCGGCUGCCGGUGCCAAUCCCGGUGCUGGUGCUGGAGCACCUGGAUUUGAUAUUGCGGGCUGGAUGGCUGGUGCCACGUCUUCGCCGAUGAAUACUGCUGGUGGUGCAGGUUCGGCUACAGGGCGUGAUUCGGGUGCUGCGGCGCGGAGGAGAUAG